UUGAGAGUUAAACAUCUUAAUAUCUCGGGGCUUGGUACUGCUGAUUUAAAUAUUGACAUAUUUUAUUAGCUCAGUGUGUUAUUUAUUUCAGUUUCAGUUGGAGUUUAAAAAGUUUGUGAAAAAGUGUUAAGUUUAACAGCCAGUUUGGAUUAAAGACUAAGAGUGUAGGAUAAUACACUCUGUUAUAUGCUUGCUAUUUGGUGUUUACAAUUUCUAAGAGGUGAUAACCAUGUUCGAUAAGCGGUACACCCAUGUACACUGUCGGAGUUAUCGUUCCCAGGAUCACCGGGACAGAGAAAGACCGUGGGGUUCAAUGGAAGGGUCAUGGUACAAUGAAUGGAAUAACAACCAGUACCAGCAGCAUCCUCAGCCCUACUCACGAGAUUAUCAAGAAGACUAUCACGGUGCUCGUGUACCAACGCCAACUGAAAUUCCGCAAAAUAUUGAUUACUAUCGUGCGAAGGAUUUUAAGCAAAUCAGAAGUCCUGAAUAUGAACCUGAUAGAGAAAGAAGGAGGAAUUCCAGCCGAGAUGGUAGAAAAAGAACCGGAAGUAGAAGCUUAGAGAGAACUCCUCCUAGAAAAAGGAGUCCUCCAACGAACAGACACAAUGUUAAUUACAGGAAAAAUAGAGAUGAUAGAUAUCGAGAUAAGGCUUAUCGAGAUGAGAAUCAAGAAAAUAGAUAUUCAAAUUAUAGAGAAAGGUCGAAGCAUGAAAGCAGAAGAAGUGGUAGAUAUAGAGAUGAGAAUGAGAGGAGGGAUAGGCAGGGUAAAAGAAGGAGAGAUAAAUCUAGGGAUAGAAGAGAUGAUAGAGAAAGAAGUGGUGAAAGAAGUUCUGUUGAAGAUGUGUCGUCGGACGACUUACCAAUGAUGGAUUCUAACAAUAAUGGAAAGAAUGAAAAGAAGCAAACUUUAGAUCUUGAUAAUUGUGAAAGAAAAGUUGAAGCCGUUAAUGAAGAUUCUGAUGAAAAGAAGAGCCAAACUGGGUUGAAAAUAUGCAUUUCAACCCUAGAUACUAGUGAUGACAGUCCAGAGAAGUUUGUUAGAGCAAAACCAGUUGCAGUGAAAAAGAAGUCACCUUUGCGGAAGAGAAACAGCGGAAAUAGAGAAGACGACCUGAAAAUUGUGUCUUCCAUUAAAGAAAGCUAUAGAAAAGAAAAAGAAAAAGACAUUACAUCACCAAAAGAGACAAUGAAAUCGUUGAGUCCUGAAAUGAACGUGUUAUCGUCUGAAUCAAAGAGUCAAUUUCAAACUACCUCAAAGUAUGUAGAUUGCACAAGUUAUCAGAAUGAAAAACUGCUUCAAGGGAUAGAACACAAAGAAAAACAAUUUCAGACGGAAGCUUUGGCUAGUAGGAAAGAAAUUAAUUUUGAAAGUGCUAAGCGAAAUGAAAAGAAAGAAUCAAACCAUAGAGAGAGUGAUGAUCUGCUUAAAGAUAAUAUUUUAAAAGAUGAAGGUGAAAGUAUUGUUGGUAAUGGUAAAAAGGAAGAUUUAAUCAAGAAAGAUGAAAUUCCAGCAAAUGUUGAAAUUCCUGUUGUGAAUACAAUAAAGCAAGUUGAAAAUCAAACAAAUGAACCAAAAGAAAAUGCCGGUAAAGAAAUGAAGUCAAAUAAAAGGAGCGACGACAAUAUUAAGGACAAAUUCAUUGAAGAUAAACAUAUUGAGCAGGAUGAUGUUAAUGUAAAAGUUGACACUAGAGAAAAUAAUACAAAGGAAGACUCAGAGGAAGGUUUGAAAAGCUUAUUUGCGACAAUAAAUGAACUCCAAAAAGAUGCAAAAGUAGGAAGUUUUGCUUCUGUUUUCGGUAGUGCUCUUUCAUCUGUGACAAAGAGAAGAGGUUCAGCAAUUGACAUUACAGACAACAUCAAAGGUCAGCAAGAGAAACUAUCAAUUGAUGGUACUGUUAAUCAAAACAAAGAAACUCCAGAAUUAUCAUCAAAAUGUAUUGUAAUAGGCAAAGUGAAUGAAAGCAAGUUGAGUGACCAGAGAGGGGUUCCUAAUAAAGAAACAAUUAAAGAUAUUGUUACAUCUGAGACAAAGGGAAGAGGUUCAGCAAUUGAAAAUACGGUCAAUAUCGAAGACCAGCAAGAGAAACAAACAAACGAUGGUGUUGUUAGUUUAAACAAAGAAACUCCAGAACUAUCAACAAAAACUAGUGUUAUUGGCAAAGUGCAAGACAGCAAGUUGGGUGAUCAGAAAAGGGUUCUUAUUAAGGAAACAAGAACUGUCCACAGUUCAGAAUUGAAAAAGUCAUCUGAAAAACCUUAUAUAAUUACACAUACCAAAAACCAUACACCUUUGAUCACGGAAUCACCACUUGAUAUUGACAGUACAAACAAAUGUAGUGACACUUCGAAAAACUGUUCAAGUGCUGAAACAAUUGCUGAUAAUCACCACAUCGGAGACGAAUCUGCUUCAGUGAAAAACACAAGUAUGAAAAUAUCUUCACGUGAUUCAAAAGGUCAGAUUCCUGAAUCGUGUACAAAUACAGUUGGACUGCCACAAAGUAAUGACAGAAGCCAUGUUUCGAAGAACAUAAACAAGCGUCCAAUAAAGGAAAGCAACACAUCAAAUAUCCAGAACAUUGAAGUAAUGCAAGCAACUCAGAAAAUCGCAAAAGAAAUUAAAGCAGAUGCUCAGAACAGCAGUAAUAAGACAACAGAUGUUUCUAAAAGUAAGAUCGCAAAGGAGUCGAAAGCGUUAAGUGAGAAAAUUAUUACAAAUUCAAAUAAACAUGCAAGGAAAAAGGAAAGUAAAAAGAGUAAUGCAAAGCACCAAUCACAAACACAUCAGAAGCAUAAAAGCCAAAAUACCCAAUGCAUCUUUCAGGAUCAAUAUAUUAAAUUGGGUGAAAAAAGACAGGGGGAAUCAGAGAGACGCCUUAAGGUUUUUAAAGAAAUGAAAAUGAAAAUGCAGACAGAAAAAUACAAGAAUGAUACUACAAAGGUUACUGACACUGAACAGGUAGAUUCGUAUUGUGCAGAUCAGUCUAAAAGUAAUUGUGCAGAUGAUGAUAUUCUCCAAGAUAUUUUAGUAUCAGAGCAUAGAGAUAUUCAUGAAACUGAAAAGGAGACGUGUGUAUUAUCUGAAAUAAAUUCAAAUGAUUUUACUGGUCAGAUCAGUAAUAAUGAAAAUCAUGCAAAUGAGAUAAACCAGCAUGAAAUGUUUAAUUAUUCAGACAAAGAAAACGAUAUGUCAGACAUUGAUCCAGAUGAUUUUCAACCGAUCGACUUUGGAAACUGUUUAUUGUCUAAUGAAAAUGAGGCUUUUGAAUCGAGUAACACUAAAGCAAAGCAGACGGAAGAUAUCAUUAUGACUUAUAUUGAUGAUAGUGUGGUGUGUGCUGUCAAAGAAGUAAAUGUUGAACAAAAGAAAAAAUUUAGUGAGCGUCUUCAUGAGGCCGGGAAAAAUUUACUGAAUAAAGAUGACUUUUCUGAGAAGAUGAAUGAGGAGGUUGCAACUGUUUCAAAACAGAACAAACGGAAAAGGAAAAAAGAAGUUAAAAGAAUUACGAAAGUGUUAGACAGCAGUGACGAUGAUGAUGAUGUCCUAGCUGAAUCACCAUUUGAAUGUACUCCCAAAAAAGUUAAACUUGAUAAAUGUGAAGAGAAGGUUAAAGACAAUCAUAAAUGGCUUGGGUUAAUUAAGCAAAAGAUAAAAACACCAGACAUGUACAAAAAGAAAGAACAUACAUCUAACAAUCCUGUCGAAAAAAAAGACAAGGUUGAGUCAGAAAUAUUGCCAGAAAACACUAAAUUAAUGGAUAUUGACAACAAUGUUUGUCAAAAGGGCUUUGAUUUGCUACAUGAAAAGAUUUUAAUAGAUGGUAGAGAUGUUACAACAGUUGCAUUUUUAAAUCCUAAAAACCUGAAUGUGAAGAACAGCGCUACAAACGUGAAUUUAGUGAAAUGCCUCACUUGUCAAUCAUGUAAACAAAGUUUCACUCCUUUGGAGUUCACUUUACAUCAUGAUGACAAUAAGAUACUGACAUUAUUAGAUCAGAAGAAGUGUAUGAUGAUGGACUUUACCAUACUUAAAGCCUACAACCAGGAUGGCGUUCGUGAAGUGUUCAAGGAUUUCCAGGACUUUUUCCACCAACAAAGAGACAUGACGUUGCAGAGUCCUCCAGUGCAGCUUCCAUAUUCAAAAAACGAUGUUGUUCCUGCGGAUACACAUAUGGAGAUCACGUCUGAAUCAAGAUCUGGUCCAGGUCCAGCCCAAAGCCUCUUUCCUGUGGACACGACACAUGAAGUGCAAGGAAACAUCCGGUCUGAAUCUGUCAGUGAAAAGACGGCUAAAGAUAUUGUUAAAACGCCGUUAUCGAGAAAGACGCCUGUUUUAAAAGAGUCUGCUAGAGGCAGUAAAACACAAGUGUCUGUUAAGACUCCUGUUGCUGUCAGUGGAAAUACUGAAGACAUUUGUAAAACGAAAGUGCAUGAAAAGGCAAGAACAUACCGAUCAAAAUCAGCAGACAAAAAGGCACAAGGGAAAGAAAAAAUACAACCCAAAAAGCUACCCUUAUCCUCGAAAAAAUAUGUGAAGGAAGUUAAAGAGACAAAAACUAAAGCAACGGAGGCACAAAAUACACAAAUCGGUGUUGACAACUUACAUUCGUCUGCACUUCCCUGUGCAUCUACAACUAAAACAAUUGGUUCAUUACAAACUGAUACGGUCAUGGAUUCUGUGGCAUCAUCGACAGCAACAUCGUCUGUAAUUACACCUCAGUGUAAUCGUGCACCUGUGGCAAUAGGUUUAAAUACAUCUAUUAACGACGUAGAAAUGCCAGGUCCUUCAAUUGUCUGCACACCAGAAAUUGCUAAAAACCCUCAGGCUGAUUCAAAUUCUCAGGUCAAGACUUCUCAAUCACCACCUUCUGUGUUCAGCCCUCCAAUGUUCAAUGCAUUAACACUGCCAUUGAUGAACUCAACUGCUUUUUCUCCACCAGCUCAUACUACAGGUAAACCGUUGCACGAAAAUACUGGUGCCAACACGGACAUUUCAAGUGCUGUUCAGAUGGUCGAUAAUAUAAUAAGUUCGGCAUAUCUUUGCCCCGGAUUAUCUCCUCAGAAGAAUGCCACUAGUGUAACGAUAGAUGUGAGCAUGCUGGUGACACUUAAGCAGAAGUUACUCAAUGUUUCUGAACAGUUACAGAGUAAUAAUACCAUAGUGCAAUCAAACCAACAGUCUGCAACGCAUAUAUAUAGUCAAAAGGAGCCAAAUGAAAGGAAACGGCAGAUGUGGAAAGACUUGUGUGCGGAAUAUGAAAUAUGCACACCAAAUGAUGCCUUGAACAAAAGUAUUGUUUGCGGUCUUGGCCAUAUUGAGUCAAACGAAGAAUUCAUUGGUCAAAUAGAACCAAAUGAAGAAGGGUCCACUGGGGGUUCCUCGAAUAAGAGUUAAGUUGCUUAUUAACGGUGAAAAAGUUAAUGUACGUUCCUUUCGGUUGAAUAGUGCUUACAGUUUUGCUGUUAUGUUGUUAUGUAUGUUACAUUAUAACCCACCAUCCAAUUUUAAUCAGGGCAUAUCCUUUCCCAGCAGCAUCUUUAUCAUUUUGAUGUAGUAUAAAGUAUAAAUAACGAAAUGAACCGGAUUGUUUUGAAGAACUAAACAACAUUCAUGACACGUUGUAUAUUUAUCUUUGUUCCGGUAUGUAUCUUUGUAUAUGAUCAAAUCGGAUUGAAUACCUUUACAGAAUAAAAUGCUGACGUUGUAAAUAGAAUGUUGUUUGCAUGAUUAAAACAUGUUUUAACAGUUAUGGUUUGAUGUGUAAAGUAAAACAAAAAAGACG